AUGGUCAGCACGGAGAUCAAAGGGUUUCAUAUUCUACCGGUAAAAUUCUCCGGGUCCUCCGCCGAUCAUUACAUCUUCUUUAGGAAACAUGAGACCAGAGAACAAAAGAACACUUCUAGAGCAAUCUUCUUCUUCAACUUACCCAUAUGUACUACAGGAGCAGUGGUGAAGAAGUACUUGCAGCAAGUAGCCCUUGGGGCCACUAUGGAGCUGUUUACAGCCAGUAUCCUCACUGAAUGUCCUGAAGAUGUGUGGUUAGAUAUGACUAGAUUGACGUCUGAUUUGGAGUUGAAUGGGUUAAAGGAUGAAGGUGGUGGAUCCAAGUUGCCUAGAAACUGUGGGAUAGUCACGUUCAUUGAUAAGGCGGCGUUCCAGCUUGCAUUCACAGCAUUGAAAGCUCUAAGUUCCCUGGCAAAUGUCACUGAAUGGCCCUUGAAUGAUCUUGGGUCCAAAUUUUUCAGAUCUUGUUUGAAGAAACAAAUAUUGGACCCCGUAGAGUUGGCCCAAACCAUCGCUCAAUCUGUGGUUGACUUUGACAGGGCUGAGGCUGAGUCUAUAGAGCAAUUACAGAACCAAACUCAGUUGGUAGACGAAGAUGGGUUUACUAUGGUUGUGGGAACUCAUAGGAAGACCAAGGCAGGGAUAUUGGGUAAGCAGAAAUUGGCAGCAAGUGUUGAAGUGGAAAAGGCAAAGGAUAAGUUAAAGAAGAAGGAGAAGGAUGAUUUCUAUAGAUUCCAAUUGAGACAAAAGAAGAAGGAUGAAAUGAAUGAUUUGUUGAUGAAAUUCAGACAAGAUCAAGAAAAGGUCAGGUUAAUGAAAGAAAAGAAAAGAUUCAGACCUUAUUAG